ACUAUUUUGCGCAUGCGUACAAGACCCCGUCCUUACCAAAAUCUUCAUAGUGACCUCCAUCGUGAACAAUUUAGCAUUUACAAAAUGAAGUGGUUAAUCGCAAGUAUGGUUGGCGCUGUAGCAAUUUUUCUAGUUCUAGACUCAGUUGUUGCACAGAAACCCAUCAGGUGCUUUGUAUGUAACUCCUACUUCCAGAAGACCUGUGCAGAUUGGUUUAACAACGGAUCUUACAACCAGGAGCCAUGUGAUCCCGGAGUUACCAUGUGCAGGAAGAUUGUGCAGGAAGUAUACUACGAUGAUCAGUGGAACACCCGAUACAUCCGUCAGUGUGCGCCAUCCGGUGAAGUUGGAGGGGAUCAAGGACGAGAAUGUGUGGAACGUACCGGAACAUACCGUGUCAAGAUGCGCUACUGCCACUGCGACAACCAAGAUGGCUGCAAUGGUGCCGAGUCUGUCAAAAUUCCCAUGAUUGCGAUGUUACUUCCUGCGCUUACCACACUUGGACUUCUGUUUAGAAAGUUAUAACACCAGGAUCAAACUUGAACGAUCUUUAAUAAAUGUUAACAGAAAUUUUAAAACUAUGCAAUGAGAUUUAAAAAAGGCCUUAACAUCUGGCUUAAAAAGGUGAAAAGGAAAUGCCAAUGAAUACCAAUACGUAAUAUGAAAUUGUAACACCUUUCUUUUUAGCUUAAACUACACAUUCCAAUUUGUUUGACAUCCAGGUUUAAGUUUUAAGACAGUGUUGAAAAUUUAUAGUGUAUGUUCAGCACAUUUAAUGACACAACUAUUAAUAUACACAGUUGACAGGUACAAUAAAUUACAGUCAAGUGUGGUUGAUGGCACUUGACGGGGAAGUGUUAAGAUCUGAUUCAGGGAUUUAAACAGCUGAAACGAAGAGAAAGAUGGUGUAUGAAUGUGCAAUAAGAGGUGGUGUAAAUGUCGCAACAAUACUGUGUUGUUGUAAUGCUCAGUAGCUGACUGCUGUGCGGACAGAAGGCUACGCUACACUGAUUGUAUGUCUUAGCUUUAGUACGUUCUCGACUCACCUGCAUUAUUGUCAAAUAUUCUUACAUUGAAGAUGUUCAAGACUUUUUUUAAAAUUAUUGUCUGCUCCAUAUGUCGCUCCUAAUUAGUCAUGCAUUAAAUGCAAUGAAGUUGUUGAAAAAAACAACUUGUUAUUAUCUUUAACAUCUUCACUGUAAGAGUUCAAUGACCUGGUGCAGUUAUGUUGUUUUCUUUAUGUGAUGAAAAUUAUUCAAUAUCAGAUUGUUCGUCCAUAUUUGUAUUGUUCACUAGUUUUUCAUGAUGGAGGUCAUGAAUUUCUGCAUUAAUGAGUCAAAUAUCUUUUCAUUAGUUUCCAACAUGUUCAAGGUUUUAAGACCAUCGAUCUUGAUGUGAAAAGAGGAUGUUUUUUUUUUUGAUAUGUACGAUAUCUACAAUUGUUUUAUACCGUUUUUAAGAAUGAAUGUUGUUCUUCACAAACAUGUUUGUUAACCAUAUGAUUUUGUAUGUACAUCACUCCUCAAUGAUACAAUGUAAAGUUUAUUUAGAUUGAUUUCAGACCAAAUAAAAAUAGUAAAUGAGA